AUGAAUAUAGCAAAUUCAAUUAUUUCGCAAAUCAAUACAAACAAUUAUACUGUUUUUAUUAUAUUGUUUUUUUUUAUUAUUUUAUCCCUUAACUAUAUUAUUGAAUUUUAUAAAUAUAAUUAUUCUAAUAAAAAAAGACCCACUUCUAAAAAUAACAAUAAUAAUAAUAAUAAUAAUAAUAAUAAUAAUAAUAAUAAUAAUAAUAAUAAUAAUAAUAAUAAUAAUAAUAAUAAUAAUAAUAAUAAUAACUCCUCUGAUGAAGCCAAUGAAGAUAAAGGUGAUAAAAAUAAAAAUAAUAAUGAUGUAAACAAUAAUAAUAAUAACAAUAGCAAUAAAAAUAAUAAUAAUAAUAAUAAAAACUCCUCUGAUGAAGCAAAUGAGGAUAAAGGUGAUAAAAAUAAAAAUAAUAAUGAUGUAAACAAUAAUAAUAACAAUAGCAAUAAAAAUAAUAAUAAUAAUAAUAAUAAUAAAAACUCCUCUGGUGAAGCAAAUGAAGAUAAAGAUAAAGAUGAAGGUAGUAACAAUAAUAGUAACAAUAAUAAAAAUAAAAAUAAUAAUAAUAAUAAUAAUGGCAACUACGAUAAUAUUUUAAUUAUCACACAUAUUGAAGAGGACGAAAAUGGUAAAUUUAUUUAUAAAACUACUGUAGAUAACAGUGCAUUUGAAAAAUGGGUUGAAAGUCUCACUUUAAAUGGCAUAAUAGAUUUAAGAGGCAUUAGAGAAUUAGUUGUAGAUAUAUCUCUCUUGUGGUGUACAACAGAUCAAAUCUUUGAAAGAAUAAAAGAAAAACAUCUUUUUACUAGUGAUAUUGUUGUUGAUUGGAAAUUGCUUAAUCCCAAAAGAUUUAAAGUUAAUACUGAUGCAUUUAUAAAAGUUAGAGACUUUUUAAAUAACAAACAAAUAAUUUAUGGAGAAGAGACAUCGUCCGACUCUGAUUUAGAUUAUAAUCCAUUUUUUUUUGUACCUAGCGAUGAGGAAAAUUCUGAUAGCGAAGAGGAAUAUUCUGAAAGCGAAGAGGAAUUUUCUGAAGAAGAAGAAGAAGAAGAAGAGGAAUAUUCUGAAGGCGAAGAGGAGUUUUCUGAAGGCGAAGAGGAAUAUUCUGAAAGCGAAGAUAUUCCAUCUGAAGAAGAAGAAAAUAGAAUAAUUAGAACAAUUCAAAGUUUAAACUAA